CGGCUGGCCGAAGGAUCGAGCUGAUCGGGUGAAACAAGACACAGCAUCCUAGAAGCACGGGCAGAUCAUUUCGGCGCUCAAAUGCAUCAUCACAUCUCAUUUGUAUAAGUAGCUCGAUUCUUAAGAAGUAUUAGCUCUUCGUUGGCUCUCGGCAGAUCCUUUGCUCACUGUCUUCGUCAAGUUACAUAAUUAGUUUAACCCCCGUGGCGCGGGGAGUCAUAUAUAUGCAGUGACUCUUGUUGCUGCUUUACGACACCAUGAAGCGCGCAGUCUUUCUACUCGCUGCCGCCUCGGCCAUCCGGGGGAGUCUGGCUCAGGUCCGGGUCCCUCCAAAUUUUGAGGUCGGGGUCAAGUGGCAGAUCGUCAUCCAGAGCACCAUCGACGUUAACCCCCCCCUUGAACCCGCCGACGCGGUCGUCUGGGACCUUGAUCUCUACCACGUCGCCCGUACUCCGGAAGUCGUCAGCCAUCUCCGAGAAAACAACCCCAACACCAUCCUCAUCUGCUACUUCAACGCCGGGCUCACCCAAAAGAGCGACUGUGACUACGAGACGAGAUGGGAGAAGAGCGGGCUGCUGGGCAACGUGUACGACCCGGAAGAGCCCCAGUUUGACGACGAGCGAUGGGUCAACAUCAAGAACCAGACGGCCCGCGACUGGAUCAAGGAGCGCAUCACGCUCGCCCGCGACGUCGGCUGCGACGGGGUCGACCCGGACAACAUCGACGGCUACCACAACGACGAGGACGGCAACAACGGCACGGGCUGGGACCUGUCGCGGGACGACUACGUCUCCUUCGUCCGCGAGCUCGCCGAGCACGCCCACGGCCUGACCACCAAGCGCAACUACACGCUGCUCAUCGGGCAGAAGAACGCGCCCGACCUCGUGGAGGACGUCGGCGACCUCCUCGACUUUGCCGUGCUCGAGGACUGCAAGUCGCUCAACGGCGGCGGCGGCGACGACGACGACGACAACGACGACAACAACGACGACGCCCCCUUCUGCGGCGAGUUCCAGCACUACAUCGAGAGGGGCCGCCCCGUAUUCAGCAUCGAGUACCCGUCCACGCUCGGGGACGACGAGACGGGCGAGUGCAACGCCGGCGGCGCGAGCAAGGCCCAGUACGAGGCCUCGUGCGACGCCAGCACCGCCAGGGGCAACUCGGACUUCAGCACCGUCCUCAAGAUCCAGGGCGGCGUCGGCGAGCUCAACGGCUGCACCCAGUACUGCGACGGGCUCCAGCCCGGCACGGGAAUCGUCGUGACGGCGACGGACUCGGAGCUCGACGGCAACGAGUGCCCUCCCGAGGCGACCGGGAGCAGCUAGGGACAGCUCCGGGGCGGCGACGAGGACGACCGGAGCGGAGCCGCGAGUUCGGUGGACGUUAGCUUGAUCAAGCUCCCCGGACUGCUCGCUCUGCUUCUCGCCCUUUUGUCGCUGUUACCGGGCUUGAUAAUGCAAUAAAGCAACGCGCACGGAGCGCACAAUCCAUC